GAUCAGUAGCUGUUCGGACAGUCGUCGUAAUUACCUCAGGAUAGAAUUGCGUUUAAUUAUUAUUAUAAAUAUAAAACUACAAGUGUUUAUUAUAAGUGAUGUUUGUGUCUAUAAAAAAAUAAUAAUUAAGAAUUAUUAAUUAUUAAUUAAAAGUUUUUUAAAUUUAUAAAAUUGUGUUGUAAAAUAAUAAUUAUUCAAGUGUUAAAUCAAGUGCGACAUCUCGAUGGUCCGGUAGGCUAUACCAGGAUGGGGUCCUACGAUGGGGGACUGCCACUGCUCUAACAUCGCCAUCAUGCAGCUGUUCCAUGAGUUGAAGCAGCAGUUUCCUGGCCUACCGGAUCACGUUGUUUCCCAGUGCAUUGCCCAGAACAGCCACGACAGAGAGACAUGCACCGAGAGUUUGCGCUUGACUCAAGAACUGAGGCCCUCUCCUGGAGCGUUUCCCCCUCCAGCUCCGGAUUUGAACCUCCCGCGGGGUAUGAGUCUGCCCGAAGACCCCCAAAAGACUCUUCAAAGUCUCCACCAGAAGCCGAAGGCCCACCGACCAGUUUCUCUGGACAUCGGACCUUUCAGGUCGCCCUUGCACGCGGCUCGGCGAGUUCUUCCGCCAUUACCGCCGAUUUCUUCCAGCCAGACUCCUGGAAGACCAGCGCCAUCUUCUGCCCCGGCAGCUUACUCCACCCGAGGCUUCUUCGAUGAUUCCUCGGCGAGUCCGGAUAACUUCCGGAAUGUGAGGAAUUUGAACUCGGGGUUCGAACUUAAUGUCAAUGUUGCCUGCAGUCCUGCAAGUAAUCGGGAUUUCCGGACAGUCCAGAGUUCUAAGAAACGAAACGAACCUGACUCGAGCGAAGUCCUCAGUGACCACACACGGAGUUACACCUCAGUCAGCCUGACCCUGAGACCGCCUUCCUCGGAGCCUCAAGCUCCAAUCGACAUCAGGUCCCAAGGAUCUAGUCUCACCUACUCAACUUCCUCCUUAGACCCCCGAGGGUUCCAAAGCCGCUUGCAAAUUAGCAUCGGUCCUGGGAAUGUUGGCAGUGUCGCCGCUGCGAGGAUAAGGCCACCUAUGGGUACCAGGCCCAAUAACCUCAUUCCUGUGGCUUCUGGCUCUCAUAAACCUCCAGGAUUACCAGUAGGUCCUCCAAGUCAGCUACCACGUCCUACGACGACAAUGAGCGCACCAACGACACCUUCAGCUCCAGCUAUUGGGAUUGUUAGUAAUCCCAGUAGUUUACCUGCGACUCCAAGCGGUCCUGUUUCUUCAUUCCCGUCUAGUCCUUAUAAAGAUGCUAUUAGUGUUGAUCUCAGUCGUCUUUCUUUGCAUCAAGUAUCAGAAAGUCAGAAGCAACUAAUUACUGAGCAACUGGUGAGAAAGGAGAGACUUUCCAGAGAGCUUAAAAUAGAAAAAGGACGACUUGAGGCGCUUAAGAGAGAAAUCCAUGCUAUUCAAGGACCUGUUUAUCCUAUUGUUUCUCUGGAGCAACGCGCUUCAGAUUUAAGAAGCGAAAUUUAUCAACUGGAGCUUGAGUGUGGACUGUUGACAAAUGAAGUCGACAAAAGUAUAAAUCCAAAUGUACCUCUGGGAGAGACCAACGAAGAAUUCUACCACGGAAUUUACCGCGGCCAGUCAAUAAACCUCCCCGCGUUCACGUCAUCUCCUCCACCUCUGCCGAGUGUCCCGCCGGCCUGGGACCCGAGCCAGAAUAUUCACGAAGACGAGGAUAAAGAUGGGCCCUCGUGGAUCUGCGAGAAAUGUACCUUUAACAACCACCCGUUGAUUGACAUCUGCGAGGUUUGUCUGAUGCCUCGCUUCAAAGAACUUGAAGACACAGGUACGAGAAACCGUCCCCAGGUGUUGAGCCGCCCGCAGACUUUGAUGCCUAAUUCUAUUUCUAAGCAGUCUACGUCCAGGGUUUAGAUUUUACCCGUGCCUUAUUAAUAAUUAAUAAUUAAUAUUUAAUUUUUUAAUAAUAAUGCCUUACUUUCUAGUUUUAUUUAAGGAGUUAUACCUAAAUGCAAAAA